AUGACAGAGGAAACGGUGUUUAUCGAAUCGAACUGCUUUCAAGAACGUGGAAAUGUCCCGGAGAUUUUCAAAGAGCACGAAAAGAAGAGGCAUAGGGAUGAUGAGGAUAAGGCUGAGGGUGAGUUUGAGUAUGAUGAUGAUGAUAAGGAUGAAGUUGAGGCUGAUUAUGACACUCAGGAUGAGGUACAUAGAUGGCUCGUCUUCACUGAUCCUACCGACAACCGACGAUGCUUCCAAUCGUCUCCUCAACCGGUAGUCGUUAUCGGAGAAGUUCCGCUUUGUGGGUGGAAAGAUCUCCUUGGACGUGACAGUAAUGUCCCCUAUGUCUCCGUUGCACAACAGAAUACUGCCGAGUCGGAUAGUUGA